CAGCUCAAAUCUUGACUUCAGUGAGCAGCCCACUGCCGAUUCCUUUCAGUAAGCAAUGAACUUAUAAUGGGAUCGGUUCAAAACUAUGACAUCCAGAAUGAAGUGCUUCUUCAUAUUCCUCAUAUUAUGCAAUCCCAGCUCUCAGCUUGCUACAGACCCCCAAAUCGACGAAAGUGUAGCUCCCGUGUCUGUAACACAGUUCAAUAAUAAUCUCGGAACAUUUAUUGAGUAUAAAGCGCAAGUUAUAACCAAAAAUGGCGUGCUAAAGUUUCAUAAUUUCUAUGCUUAUCAAGCACUUGAAAAAAACAUCAAAUCUCUGCAAGAACUUUGCCAUGGACCCGACCUCGCAGAGUACCGCAACACCAUACAAAACUUGGAUACUGUUGAUCUUGAAAACACAAUUUCGGAUUUCGUUCGUACUGUUUAUCAAUACACUGUGCCAAGCACCUGGGAUCAAAAAUUUAACCUUUACCAAUUGACACCUAUUCCCAAAUUGCAUCUAAACGGCACUAUCGAGAUUUUGGACAUUGAGAGCCCAUACGUAGGUAUUAAUGAUGAGCAAAAUAUCUAUUUCAACCUACAAAAUUUGGAUGACUGCUUGAAAAUGAAUAGUAAUACAUUAGUUUGCGAAUUGAAUGGUAUCCUCACAAUCAGUAAUGCGGAAGUGCCUUGUGCUUUAGCUGCGAUCCGAAAUCAAACCUCCACAGCCUGCACUUCUCAUCUUGUCAUGCGAAACGCCAUAUGGACACCACUUCUAGCACCAAAUUCUUGGAUGGCGACUGUCAAGAAGCUCACAAUAAAUGUUGCCUGCUUCCGAGAUGAACCAGAACUGAAAAUACACGGUACCGUCGUUUUAACGAUUCGCAGCGGCUGCAGAGUCUUUGGCACACCUCUAAAUAUCCAAGGAAGUCAGCGUAAAUGGACGCUUUCCAACCGGUCUUAUGCCUACCUGCAACCCACAAUAGAAGAGAAACCGGAAAACACUUUGUUUCCAUAUAUCACUGGAGCUGUCGUAAUUAUUUUGAUUUUCCUGUGUGCCACCUAUUGGUAUUACCAUUUGCACCAAGGCUCUCGGUUUUCCUUUACCAAUCGAAUAAUGGAGCAAGGUUUAUAGACCUACUAAUUGUGUCGAUUAUAAUACAGUUUUAUUUGUUUGGUUUAAUUGCAAUAAAUAUUAGUUA